AUGAAACACUGGAAAGCCCUGGUUUGGAUAUUCUGUGCCGUGCGGUGCCUGUGGGCAGCCAGUGUCGAAGUGGUGUUGGACCCCGGGGAUGCAACAGGUGCUUUCUUCCUGAGCUCGCCAGAUGAACCCACGGGUGUGGAGGCUUCGUCGGCCGAGCCUUCGCGACGCUUCGCGCUCACGUUCUCGAGCCGCAUCACGGUGGUGGCACAGUUUGGGCCGUUCUCUGUGCGCCAGACUGUGUACGCCACUAGCCCAUUAGCCUCGGUGGGGAACCAAAGCAGCUCGUCGUCAGAUGGUCCCGAGCCCAUGGGGGAUGUGACGGCCCAUUUGGUCACACCGGCACCCCGCAGAGACCAGCCAACAUUGCGCAUCCUGUUCCACACUGGCUCCGAGGUGGGUGGGCCGUCGGUGUGUGUAGCCCUCUAUGCUCAGCUGGGCCCCGAGCAGCUGGUCAGUGUGUGCCAGCCGAACCGUGAUGGGGCCUGCCUCGCCGAGCUCACCCUGCCGGCUGCAUGGUGGCCGCCCUUGUGGGCUGCCGCUCAUAAGGCCCACCGGCCCACCAUCGCCCUCCGGUACGCCCUCGUACGAAGCAGCAUCUCCCAGGAAUGCCAGGGUCAAUCUCUGCGACUGUCAACGGGGUCAGUGCCCAGUAGCGGGGCGGGCCUAUCCCUGGGGCGGCUUCCACUGUCCGUGGCACAUGGCAGCUACGAGGAACUGAGUGGUGGUGAUGGUGUUGUAUGUCUGCUAGUGCCCCAGGGGCCGGUCUACCCGCGGUCCAAGGUGUACGUGCCACUACUCGUACGCCCCAAUCCGGCCUACCCACUCCACUCCUUCACGAUUAGGGCAAAAGUCAAACCUGGGCUGAGGAUUCUUCAGGUGCAACCAACAGCAAAGCAGUCAUGGAACGUUGCAGUGGACACCAACUCUAAGCAGACGUCUGCAACUGUGACUGUCACUCGCCUCAGCGAGGACACUGCCCUGCCCGAAAGUGGGGAAGAGGUGCUCAACUGGCUCUUUGAAGUGGAGGAAGGGCUGGGCCACGAAGACGGGGGCCAGGUGACCUGGCAGCUGCGCUACCUAGACCUGCCCGGCGUGGACAGUACAGCCACCGUGAGCAGCACCGUCAGCGAGGUCGAUGACAGCAUCAAGCUCACCUCCCGGUUGGACAUCCAUAAGGACGACGUCCAGGCUGUCCUCCUCGUCGCCAAGUCGAAUCAGCUGCUAAACACAGCAGUGCUGACUGGCAAACAAGUGUCACAGCCCAUGAAGGUGUUCGUGGUGAGCCAGUCUGGACUUCUGGGGGACGUCACGCUGCAGUCCUCCUGCCACUCAGCUGACGAGUCGGUUCUCAAGGUCUCACCAUCGUGCACUUCGGUGUACCUGGACGGCUCUGAAGUGCGGGGUUCGCAGAACGCAACUGUGCUGGUCAAGUAUGGAACAUACACAGGCCAGGCUGCUUUCCUGGUGUGGAUGCCCGAGCUUCCCCUGGACCUGCGGCUCUCGGACACCAAACUGAGCCAGAUUCGUGCCUGGCGCACACCACACAGGCACAAGCGGUGUCGAAACCCUCUCCUGCAAGGGACCACAGAUUGUCGCAAUGAUUGGCUGCGCAACAAGCGACGCAUCCUUGACAAGUGGGACGAUGGUGAUGGAUCGUCGCCAGGUGGUUCGCCAGGAUCCUGUCGACUGCGCUUUCAGCAGGCACGAGUAGAGGUGCUGACACGCUUUCAGAGUGUGGACCACAACUCUGGCAGGGAGGCAUACCUCCUGGGGCGACGCACCCAGGUGGCCGUCACUAGGCUCGUGACACCCUUCCUCCGUGUGGCGGACGCGCACCUUGCCUCGCUCAAAGGCACGACUGUCCGAGGGCUGCGCGCCGGGCGCACUGAGGUCCAGGUGCUGUCGCCCAUCACCGGCAAAGUUCUGGGUGCGAGCGAGUUGCGGGUGAGCACAGACAAGGAGAGUCUGGUACGCCUUGAGGUGCAGCUCGUCACAGGCCUCUCGCUCGAGGUGCUUCCCGACGAUGCGGCCGCGGGGGUCUUCGUGGCCAAGACGUCCACCACUCACGCACUCACCUCGCUAUACCAGGAAGGCCUGCUGGAUGUGACUCUGAGAUUCUCUGAUGGCACGUGGACUCCGCUGAUAGAUGUGCCGGAAUCCGACUUCAGCCUCGUCAUGGAGAGCCUCGAUCCAGGGGUGGUCGCUCUGGCACCAGUGGCAGCCUCUUCGGGUGGCAUGACAGCACGGCCACGGAUCGUGGCCAUCGGCCAAGGACAGGGAAGCUUAUUGCAGUUGAGCCUGGAGCUGGGCAAAGCUUGUCAACGGCGGCGGCGUGGUGCCCCUCUGGCCUGGGCACGUGCCAGGGUCAAUGCCCGGUUCAAUUCGGCCGGUGCCAGUGGUAGCCUGGAUGCAGUGCCCUACCAGGACGGUGCACGACACCUGGAGCCGUCGGUGCAGGCACACCACAACCGGGCUGCUCUCUCGUCCGAUGGAUCUCGUUCACUCAUGGCCUCACCACUGGAACUUGGCCUGUACGCCCUCCUUGGGGUGCUGGGACUGGCCGCUGCUGUCAUGGUCACGGGCUGCACUGUGCUUGCAGUGAAAUACCAGAAGCAUGCGGACGUCAACAGCACCGCUGUCGCUGUGCAACCUACUGCCACUGCUGCUCCCCCUUCGCACUCUCGCCGCCCAGUGUCUAACGCCCACGACUGGGUCUGGCUGGGGCGGGCCACGCUCGAACGCAGCUCUGUCAACACGCGCUGCUCCCAAGCGCUGGUGGCCCCUGAGGACCAUUCCAAAAGCCCCCCGAACUCCCUGCCCUAUCCUGCCACCACGAGCCGCAUCACCGCCGUCGACAACAACCCGGCGCAGAGCAUGGGCGAGGACCUUGCCGUUACCAAGAAGGGCGGAGGAGCCCAGCCACGCAUCCGCACAAACCCCAUGCUCACCUUCACCCGACCGCCUCCGGUGCCCCCGCACCGAACCACAUCACGCACCAGUCCCGCCACCGACUCGGUGCAGAAUGUGCCACUGCUGGGCCACAAUAACGGCAAUGGACCCCACCAGAGGGUGUUGUCUCCGCACGUUCGGAUUCAGUCACCCAGCUCCAAAAUAGCUUCGUCCGGAUCGAAAACCACUUCGCCCGACUCAAAGACGACAUCACCGGACACAAAGUCCACGUCUCCGGGAGGAUCCAAGACGACAUCGCCUGAAUCUAAGUCCGCGUCACCCAGCAACAGGAGUGUGCUGCCACCCAUCUGCAAGGUUGUGAAGGCAAGGGCCAAUGGGAAGGCAGUAGCAGGGAACACCCUAGAGUGGGAGGAUGUUACCAAAGGCAUGAACUACGACCAGCUGGUCGAAUACUUUGACUCGCUGAAGGAGUCGAGUGCCUAGACGGCAACAGCGGAUGCCAGAGUUAUCGUUGGCGAGUGUGAUUUGUGUGCCAGCUGUAAUUAAUAUGCAACCUCGCAAGAUUUAACAAAAGGUUGCCUCAAGGCAGUGCCGUCAUGAACUCGGAACAGUGAACUUACGCAUGCUGUGGAGACGGGUUGGUGUUCCUUCAGUUUGCCCCCGCGCCGCCACCAGCUUGUUGCAUGGAGCUACAAUCAACCAUCCUUUGCCUCCUACAUUGUUCAUUUUCUUUUGGCUGACUGUCAGUGCUUCAUGCACAGCCUGCUUGCAGCGGCAGGCUCACUGAUUUUCGAGACACGGGGUGAAGUUCUUGCAGGUCUUUUUUUGGUGGAUUUGUCUGGGCGAGCACCUUUUGUGGCAGCUGCCUUGUUUGUGCCUGAGGGUGGGGAAGUGUGUUGCUGUGUGACAAGGGCGUUGUCAGCUUCCUCUAACGAGCACACACAGUCGCAAAGUAGGUGAGUUGAAGCCUGCAAUGCCCUUUGUGUCUUCUUACUCCUCAGUUAUGUAAGAUAGCCUUCUUUUGUGCACCCUGUCGCAUGGUUAUGUGUGAUGUCCAUUUGUGUGCUUCGAUGUGCUGCCUUUUAUGCUCACUGUAUUUGACAGUGUUGACCGUAUUGUGGUGCUGCUGUGUUUGUGACAAGUUGUGACAUUAAUUUAUUGCAGCAGCGUGAGCCUAAGAGCAUCAUUCAAAGUGUUUCUUCUGCCGGUCGGCAUCGUUAUUUGGCUAUGAUCUACAUUGCUGCAUGCAAACUAUUUAUAAGAGAAGUACGAGGGGAUUAGAACUGACAUGGAUCUAGCUGAUUGCAUAAAACCUCGCAUGUUGACGCAGAGAAGGCAAUGAAAUUUCAAGAAGCACUUUUGUUGCGACGAUAUCUUGUAGCAGAAGCUCAUUACUCAUGAAACUGUUCAGGGUGAUUUGAAAGCAUGUUUCCGUUAAGUUGGGGAAAUGUGGAACAAAGUACUGUUGUCACGCUUUUCAAUGCAGCCAGAGCUCAAACCCAGCACACGCAUGCUAGUGUGUGUCAGCUUGCGACUACUUGCAUGCAUGUAUACACGCACAUAUGCAAACACCUGCACUAGUCAGAUGUGGGCGCACGAGCUACAUCAUUUUGUUGUGCGUCUCAAGCCCUGUAAUCAUUGCAUACCAAUGAAAAUAUGUGACUGCCUAGUCACCUUGGUACUGCAGCAUCCAUGUCCGUGAAAUGCAGACAUGCUUACUAAUUCGUGAGCUGAAAUACAGUGCUGCAUCAUGGCAAACAUCUUUAACGUUCAUUUCUGAAAUAAAAUGAAAAUCUGGAUGUUCAAUGUAAUAAUAAGCAUUUGAAAGCACUACAGAUAUAAAUUUUUAACUGACUUAUUCCAAGAUGUACUGUGAGCUUGCUUCCUAUGUUGUUCUGGGUUAUUGUUUCUCGCAAGGCAAAGCUGGCGCAUAGGCACGUAUCGGUGAGCUUCUGCACACCAGAAACUAUUAUGGUGUUUGGGGUCGAGGCAAGUCAGUAUUCUUUCUUCAUUUUUAAAUGUUUUUUAUGUUUAAUUCUUAAUGCUCAAACUUGGACAAGCUCAUUGCUGCUCAUUCCAUGCUGAUCACCGAUCUGCACCUAAUUAUAGCAUAGCCUUUGUGAAUGUUUUUUUUAAUUGGUGUGCAGUGUGCAUUUGAAUCUUAGUUGUUUUGUUGACACUUUUACGUAAUAAGAAGGCAACUGCAUAUCAUAUUACAUUUCAUAUGUUUGUCUUAUGGUUGACUGUAGCUUUACUAGUGCUAGUUUUAUUCGAACACUUUAAAAAAAAGUAUUUCGCAAUUAUUUACACUUCUGCACCAAAGAUCUCAGGAAGACAUCUUCUGCACUUGAACUUCCCGUUUCAGCGUAAGCUAUUCAAGAACUUUGGGAAGUCUUUGACAUCCGAGGGGUGAGGUGGGGGUUAGAAAGGGUUAGGGGGCAGUCACUUCUUUUCAGCAAGCAUUCUGACUGGCGUGGGGGAAGGGUAAAUUUUUAGUGAGGGGCAGUGGAGCUAUACUACUCCCCCUUUAGCUUGUUUGGGCAUAAGUAUGCCUUAGAGUUCUUAAUAUCUCAAUGAGCACAUAGAUAACUGGGAAAGGUCAUUGGUUUUGAAUGGAUUUAGUCAGCUGAAAAAACUCAAAAAAGUCAGUGCCAGUAAUUUACUGUGCAUGCUUGCUUUUGGAAUGAAAUUCACACUGCAAAGGACAAACUAUUUAUUAGUUUGGCAUUUCUCUGUCUUUUUUUGUUUCCCUUUUAAUGAUAUGUAUUUAAUGCCAGUCUGUCUCGUAAACUCAAGCACCGACUUGCUCAAGACGUUCUAGCUGGCACUGAGUUUGCCUUUAUUAGGGUUAAUCAGUCAAGCCCUUCAGCAACUCUCUUGGAUGUUUUUUGGAACUUCAUAGUUUGGUUGGAGGGACCAUUACUUCUACAAAUGUGGAAAAACACAAGACAGCAUCUACACAAUUCCACAUGAAAACACGUUUAAAGGACUUGUAUAAAUAUAUUUCUGUCCCUGAGGAUUACAUUUGUUCUGAAAAGAGAGUGUUAGUUUAAAUAUAUUACUAAAUCAGUAGUUACAUACUGAAAUAUCUUUCUAGUGCAUCAAAAAAUAUUUUCAUUAUGUUUCCUAUGCUUGAAAAAGUGCAUUGGGGGUAUCGAACUUUGUGUAUCGCAAGUGAUUUAAGUAUAGCUUUCUUGGUAUAAAUGGUCAAGAGCACAGCCAAAGUGAUUCAUAGGCACACAGUCACUACGAUUUAGUACUCCCAGAUCCCAGUUGUGUGUCUGAUCUCAAGAAGGAGCAAAGAAGUAUUGGGGUGACUGCCUUCCCUCUGCCUUUUCCCCUCUCACUUCACACUUACAAUGCCACUCUAGCAGCUGUUUCACUGUCGUUUUGCACGUUUUUUAGAG